AUGUCAACAACUUCUGGAAACCCUAUUACUAAUGCAUCAUCGGUUUCAAGUAAUACAAGAAUAACAUGGACUCCUGAUCUUCAUGACAAGUUUGUUGAGUCUGUGAAUCGCCUUGGUGGUGCCGAGAAGGCGUUACCAAAAGCUAUAUUAAUGCUGAUGCAGUUAGAUGGAUUGACAAUCUUCCAAGUUAAAAGUCAUUUGAAGAAAUAUAGAAUGGCAAAAUACAUGGCUGAACCAGCUCAGGGGGAAUCUGAGAAAAGAACAAAUGUAGAGAAUAUGCAUCUUGAUGCCAAAUCAUUAAGGAAAGCAAUGAAGAUAAUGUUUGACCAACAGCAGAAGAGAAGUAGUAGUGGCCAAAUGAACACUCGGAAUUUGGACAUUACAUCAAACAAUGAUAAACCAAACAGGCCUAAAGAUACUGAGAUUUCAAUUUUUGAAGGGGUCUGA